CAGAUCAGUCGCACCUUGCACGGUUUAACCGCGGAGCAGUAUUUCAUCCAGUAUACCUAUAUAAUAAAAGUUUUAUAAAAUUUGUGUUGAUCUAUAGCACAUUACUAAAUUGUGACAAUGUGUAAAUUUUAAACGGCCGAUAAUCGUCGAUUUUUCGAAAUAAUAACCUAUAUAGGUACCUACAUCAUAUUAGUUGCAGUCAGUAUAUAUAAUAGGUAUGUACCCGUAAUAAAUUAUUAAUUUUAUUUUUAUUUAGUGUAUAUACUUUUUUUUUGGUCGUGGUCUCUUCAUUUUCGUUAUGCACCGCGAUACUUACUGCUAAUAUUACGAAUUAUUAUUAUUAUAUUCAAUGUGCACACAGGUGUUCACAAAUUAAAAACAAAAUAUUGUUUAAUAAUUAGGUAAUAACUUAAUACUCGAAAAUAAAAUGCAACAUUAAUAUCAAUUUGAAAAAAUAAAAUCAUUAAACAUUCCAAAUGAAUAUAAGUAUAUUCUCGUACAUUUGUUAAAAGGUUUAAUUUGUUUUAUUUGUUUUAACUGUUAUUAAGUAUUCGUUGUGUAAACUCAAAUUAUUCACAGUAUAUUUUCAUAAACAUUAAAACAUCCAGUUAUUUCACUUAACGGUUUGAAGACGAUAACGAUUUUCAAAAUUCGAUUAUUGCCUAUUGCGGUAUCUGGUAUUAUACCGCUAUAUUGCCUAUUGCAGUGAUAGUCUGACUAGUUUAAUUUUAUGAUUCCCAAAUAUUUGACUAAUUGUUAAUAUUAGCUUAAAAAACAAUUAUAGUUUUAGCGUUUUGACUUUUAACUGAACGGGUUGAAUUUAUUUUUUAAAUUUUAAGCAAAAUGUAGAAGUUAUUGGUUUUGCUAAGCUAUGUAUUUUUUUCAUUGGAAAAUACUCUUUCGGUUACUAUAAAUAUAAUAUGCGAGGAGAUAAGUAGAAGACACUUAACUUUAUGAUGGAAGGGAAAGAUUGCAAAUAGAAAAGGGUGACCAAGAAAAGAAUGAACGGACAGUUGAACUGUUUCGGAUAACAUAAAACCAAAAGGAAUAAAACAUAAUGAUAACUAAAGAUUAUAUUAUUUAUAGUCAUUUGAAAGUAUAUACAAUGUAUUUUGCUUAAUGCGGGCAGUUGGGACCAAUAACAUUUGUCCACUUAAAGGGGUUGCCUAUUUUAACCGAAAUGAGUAUCUUUAUACAUUAGAAUCCGGACAGGAACAUUGUGCCCAUGUUAGGCGGCUGUCCGCAUUAAGUUGAAUCCACUGUAAAUAAUCGACAUAAAUUACAAAAAUUAUUAAAAAUUAUUCUGAUUUAUGUUGAACCGAGUAAAAAUUGCCUAUUUUAAAUUAAAUUAUAUAAUACGUUACAAUACCUACCUACUUGAAGCAUCGGUUUUUAAAAGAUGUACGUACAAUAUGUUCGAUGUAUGGAAAAUAUAUUUCUGACAUGUGUAAUUUAUUUUUUAGCGUGGCUAUAUACUACUAUAGAAACAUGUGAAAAUUAUUUUUAUUUUUUUUCUAUAUAUUUGUUUUAUUAGCCACACUUUAUUUGGAAUAAUUAUUCUAUUUUAAACGCAACUUAAUAAACUUAAUCUCAAGGGCAAAUCAAAUUUGACUGACUUGAUUUACAACAAUGGCUAAUACGUUGUAUAGUUUUCAAUGUUCAUUGUACAGAUGUGAUUUUACUAAAAUACUCAUUAUAAAUACAUUCGUUAACCUUCAAUCUAUCGUGAGGGGGAACUAAUCUCCCAGCUUUAAAUAUAAACUUCAUUACAAAUGUCCCAACAUAAAACACCUACCUAACACACUUUAUUAUUAUUAUUUAUUUUUUUAUACCUAGCUAUUGUUAAUACACUGACCUAAAUUUAUCUGCAGUAGUUUAGUGAACCAGAAAUUGUUUAAUCGAAUCAUUAAGCUUGAAUUAUCCGCCAAAGUCAACCGUAUCGUAUUUGGAAAAUAUUUACUUCACAUGAUCAUGUAUAAUGGCAAAUGUUCUGCUGGUACAAAUAAAAAUUACAGGAUAAUGGUUGAAAAAAAACUAACAAAGACUAACAAACUUUACACGAUGGGUGCAGCCACUGUUAUUGGUGAGGAGUUGAAAAUAUAGAAUAUAGAGAGGAAAUUAAUUUAUAUCAGUAAGCAACGAUAUAUCAUUGCUUACUAAAAACGAUUUUGAGCGGAGGUCAGAGGAUAGUGAUGCUUUUUCGACAAAAUGUAUAUCAUAUUAUGGUAAAAUAAUUAAAUAGGUAUUAUUUUUUUUCUUAAAUAAUAUUUGUAAAAUAUUUCCACAAAGUAAGACUUUUAAUGAACCUCCAGUUAAAUUUUCAAGCAUUUCUGUUAAGUCUAACAAUUUUACCACAGAGUACCUACCGAAUAAAAAUUACGUACAAAACUCUCAAAAUUAAAAUGUUUAUAAAUAGCUAUAAAAAGAUGGUUUAAAUUGUUUGAAAAUUUUACCACGUCUAAAAAAAGUAAAUAUAACUUUUCUAUCCAAGUUUUAAAUUCAUAGAGUUUAUACGAAUAUUUUUAACCUCAUUUCAACAAAUAACAAAAUUGAAAUAAUAUUAAUAAAAGCAUUAUUUUCGUAAAUUUCUCAUUUUUCUUACGUAUUUUACUACUUUUUCUCUUUUAUUGAGAAAACUGCCGAGAAAAUAAAAAACUUAAGAAAAUUUCCUUUCGGAAAAACAUCUACAUCGUAUACAUCGGAGUAAGAUUUCUGAUAAAAAUUUUGUACACAACAUAAAAAACAAAUAAAAAAUAAACAUCUUUGUAAAACCAAUACAUUCUUCGCUACACAUAGAAUCUAAAAUAAUGUUCAUAAAGUUCGGAAUAUACAGGAUUAGAGUGGUUCUUAUUUGUGUGAUGGUAACAUUUGUGUAACGAUGCACCUAACUUUAUUCUAAAGAAAUAAAUAUAAAUUUUGAACCCUAAUUAAUCUUCUUCGGACAAUUUUUAAAUCCCCCUGUAACGAGAUAAAAUGUUCCGUUUAAAAACCAUGUGUUUUUUAGUUUAUUCUGAAUUUUGUUUGCAUAAGGCAUAUAGAGUUGACGAGAAUAUUUUUUCUUGUAUGGAAAUGAUCGAGGUCAAGGAUUUAUUAUUAUUAUUAUUUAUUAUUAUUUAUUAUAUUAAUGUACGUUUUGAUUGGGAAGAAAAAAAUAAUAAAUAUCGGUUAUUCCAUGUCACUUUCUUACUGAUAAUUAUUAUUUCUUCUCAGUUUCCUAAAAUGCCGUUGAUAUAUCCAGAAAAUCGAUUUUUUUUGAAUGCCACAUCUUUGAGAAUCGUAUUUACAUCAAAUAUGGGUCACGCUGUAUUUCAUUCAAAAAAUAUAUUUAAAUACAUGGGCCGCACCCAUUUAUCUGUAUAUAUAAUUUCAAUAAUGAAACUUUUCGAUUGAUUUUAUUAGUAAAUACAGAGUGAUCAAUAUUCGAUGUUUAUACGAUUUUCAAAGAUACAACACGCUAAAAAAUCAUCGAUUUUUUAAUUAUUUUGACAAUAUUUUAGGAAACUAAGAAAAAUUAUUAAUUUUCAGUAACAAAGCGACAUAAAAUGGCCGAUAUACUUUAAUUUUUUCUCCCUACUUAAAGUGUACCUUAUCCAUAAUUAUUUUCAUACAAGAACAUUUUUUUCGUCAACUCAUAUAUGCCUUUUUUUUUUCUUCUCCAUUCUGACCGAUUAAUAGCCUUUCGUUAAUUUUCUUAAGAUUUUGACUCUUGCAUCACAUAUAAUUUGUCCUGUACAAAAGUUUCGAGGAUGUCCUGCUGUUUUCUUCCCAUCUAUCAUACCCUUUAUUUUUUUGGUUAUGUAACUCUUCUGGUUGUCUAUAUGUUUUAUAUAUAAAUAAAACUCAAAAUAAACGAAUAAUACACCUACACUCGUAUUUUAAAUAAGAAACUUUACCUCCUUACCAAGGGGACUUAGAAAUUGUCCUAGGAAGCUCCGAUUAAACGUAAAAAAAAAUUUAAUUAAAAAAACUAUAAUAUGUUCUGAAAAAUGAAGAUAUUUAUAAAAUAUUUCCCUUUCAUAAUUUUAAAAAACAGUUUAUUUUUCGUAUUACUUUUUACUGUUUUCUAUUUUGCGACCCACAUAUUAUAUUAUUAUUUAUAAAAUAUAUUAUGUAUGAUAGGAAUGAGUAUGAUUUCAACAUUAUAACAAUAGUAGGUAUAUUACUCAUGUUCAAUGUAAAUAUAUAUGUGAUAAUAAUUAUUUAUAAAAAAAAUCAUCAGUUAUCUCUUUGUGAUAAUGUUAUAUUUUAAACAUGUUAUUGUAAUUAAUUGAAAUGCGACUUACGGACGCGUUACGGACUUACGUUUCAAUCCUAUUGUAGAUUCAAUCCGAGAUGAACCGAGCUCUUUGGUGUUUAUUGUUAGUGGUGACGUCGGGACGACCGAAUUACAGCGACGCCGCUCAAAUCCUAGCGCUAAUGCCGAUAGCGGCCAAGAGUCACUGGAACGUGAUGGACGCGGUACUGCAGACGCUUGUGGAAGGUGGACACAACGUAACCGCGAUUACGCCGUUUCCCAAAAAAGAACCGAUUGCCAAUUACACGGACGUGGACACGUCUCAACUGAUGCCCAUAGGCGUCGGUAUCCCUUGGAACUUUAUUAUGGACGAGUGUUCGGUGGGCAACAAUCUCCCGUAUCUCUCCGGCCGACAUAGGGAUAUGUGCAAGAAGGUGUACGAACACGGCGAAUUUUGGAGCGCAUUAGAAUCGAACAAGUAAUAGUAUAAAUAUAAUCGUGUAUAUUUUUUAAUAUACAAAUAUGAAGAGCAGAAGAAAAAUAAGGCGGUCACGUUAAUAUUGUCGGAAUCUUAGUCGGACAUAAACGAUAAUCUGUUAAGUAUUCGUAGGAAAACAAAACAUUUUGAAAUAUAAGAAGUGAUGCAUUUAAGUGAGUACACUCAUUAUCUCGGAAAGUAUUAACUUUUUCCGGAAUUUGUUUCCUAGAACAUUUAAAAAACAAGCUGCUCUACAAUUUUAUAUCUAUUUUAUACAAUUUGUCUUCAUCGCCCUUCGUAACCAACCACGUUUCGCAAUCAUAAGAUAGAGCUGGCCGUAAAUAGCUUGAGUAUAAGGUUCAUUUCGAUUUUAUAGAAUAUAGAUAGUAACUUUGAUUUGAAUAAUCUUUCCAGUGCAAAAUUACCUUUAUAAAGGGUUGAAGUUCUUAGCUUUAUCUCAUUAUGCAUAUUAUUAGUAUUGUUUAUAGGUAUUAGUUUAAGUCGAUUACAGCUUGGAAAUCAUGAUUGCCGACUAUUAGGUCCUGUGUGUCCACGAUAAACACUUACCGCCAAUAAUUGUAUUACAAUCGUAUAUGUACUAUGUUUUUCAAUAUCAAACUAUAAACGUUUAUUUUAAUUUCCUCUAGAUAUGACUUGUUCAUUACAGAACUUCUAGCCUCGUCGUGUGACGCAUAUGUCUCCUAUUAUUUAAAAAUUCCACACAUCGUUAUCGCCUCCAGCCACGUACACACGUGGUAUCAUCAUACGUUCGGCAGCCACAUGAACCCGGCGUACGUGUCUACGUUGCAUGCACCGUUUGCCGUGCCCGCCAACUUCAUACAGAGAAUGGCGAACACUUACGAUUACUUGUACUCGCACGUGGUGUACAGAUGGACCGAUCGAGAAGCGACGGCAAUUGGUCGAAAAUACUUCGGAGCCGACGCACCGAACGCCGAUACGUUAAUGGGAAAUACGUCACUGGUGUUCGUCAACGGGCACCACACUGUGGAUCUGGCGAAACCUUUAUUGCCGAAUUUCGUGGACAUCGGCGGAAUACAUUUGAAACAGCCAAAACCAUUACCUCAAGUACUGAACUCAGUCCAUAGCCGCAACUAAAACACCAACUUUGGGAGCGUCGAAAUAAUGAACACAUCAAAGACCUAUAUGGACUAUGUCCCCACAAUCCCCCUUACAUGACAAUACGCAAUACAGUUACACAUUUUAGUGGCAAUUUUGUGUAUACAAUUUAAUCAUAACAUGACUUUUCAUACCGAGUGAUCCAUUUAAAUGAGUACACUCAUUAUCUCGAAAAGUAUUAACUUUUUUCGGAAUUUUUUUCUAACAAGCUCUACAAUUUUAUAUUUAUAUUAUUUUUUGUCACUCUUAUUUAUGGGAGUGAAAACACUACCUACCUACCUAGUAAUGCAUUAUUAACACAUCGUGUGCUGUACCAUCACAUAAAUGAUACUCCACUACUCUCCUCCAACCCAAAACUUAAAAGUAUAUCUCGUCAACGGAUUGAUAGAAAUCAAAAAUGUCAACACUAAAAUUUAUUUUAACUAAUAAUCCAUCUAUUUAUUGAAUUUUUAUAUAGGUUGUCAUUUUAAAAUCAAAAGUAGGUAGUGGUUUUACCCUCAAAAAUAAGGGUGACAAAAAAUAACUUAAAUAUAAAAUUGUAGAGCAACUUGUUUUUUGUAUGUUCAAGAAAACAAAUUCCGGACAACGUUAAUACUUUCCGAGAUAAUGAGUGUAUCCACAUGAAUGGAUCACCUGGUGCACACAUACCGCACUGUUUAUAAGAAAUUAGUAUUUUGAUCUGCUUAUUAAUUAUGAAAUACGUAGAUAAAAUAUUUGGUCAUUGCUAUGAAAAAGCUUAUUGGCUUUUUUUUAGGGGGGGGGGGGGGAUAAUUUUAUUUUUUGGAGUGCUAAAGACACUAGACCACCCCACCUUUAAGUUACACCUAUGGAACUCACCAGCAUUUGUAAACCGCAAUAAAAUUGAUAUUUCUCAUUAGGACAUUGAACAAUUCAUCAACGAUUCCCCGGAUGGAGCUAUAUACUUUACAUUUGGAUCUACCACAAAAAUGGAGACUGUACCGGAUCGUUUACAAAACGCAUUCGUAGACGCGUUAAGGGAAAUACCUCAAAGAGUAUUGUGGAAACACGAAAAUCAAAACCUUAAAAAUUUACCGAAAAACGUAAUUGUAAAAAAAUGGUUCCCUCAAAGAGAUAUAUUAGGUAAGUAAUUAGUUGAAUUUUAGUGAUUUCCAUGUAUUUUUAACGGCUUGAUGUAUAAAUAAGUUAUUAGUGGGAUUUAACGUAUGUAAACAUUUAUAUUUGUUUUGUUUGAGAAUUUUAUAUUCAAUUGUGUUUAGUAAUAAUUUAGUUAAUAAUCACAGAAAUCAAUAUAUAUAUAUAUAUAUAUAUCAAUAUAAUAUAAAUAAUAAAUAUAAUACUGAACACUACAAUUGACGUAAAAAGUCAUAAAAUUAAUAUUUUUAAAUGCCUUUUAUUGGAUGUUCUUCGAUUUUUAACUUCUAACACAGUGUAUUUUUAUUUCAAUAUUAAUUAAAAUAAAACAAAUAUAAGCCGGUAUCGCUUCAUACCAUGUUGGUAGACCACUUUAGUAGAUAGGAAGUUUAAAUGAUACAUAGAAUAUUAAAUAAUUUAAUAUACGAGUAUAUACUGAAAUCAACGAUAAAUUAUUGAAAUGAAAAAAAAAAACGAUUCUGAAUACAGUAGUAUAAGUUUAAUUUAAUUAGUAAUUUAGUAUUAGUUUUUCCCUUGUAGGUAACACAGAAAUCAAUAAAACUAAUAUCUAUAUAACUCGAAAUUCGUUGUCAGAUUUUUUUAAAUUUCAUAGAAAAACUCUUUGAAAUCGAGACAUUUGCUUUCGAAUAAAGUACCAUGGACGAAAAAUCAGUCUCUUUUAAAGUAGUGCAUGAAAAAUAAGUAGCCAAAAAAGUGUUUUCGAAAAAUGUAUUGGGGAUUUCGAACAAUUUUUAAAAUAAAUACCAGCUGCACCUUUAAUGAUACUGCAUGAAAAAAUCAGAGCAUUGUUAGUGAUCCAAAAAGUGAUCCGAGAAAAAAACCAGUUUGAGUAGAUUAAUUUCUUAAAAAUAAUCGCAUACGUUUAUUCAUAAAUAUUUUUAAUCAUUAUUACAUAUUUAUUCCAGAACAUACAAAUGUUAAAUUGUUUAUAUCCCACGGCGGCAUGUCCGGAAUAUACGAAGCCAUUGACAGCGGAGUUCCUAUACUGGGAAUUCCUUUAUUUUUUGAUCAAUCACAUAACAUUGCGAACAUAGUACACUGGGGUUCGGGUGUUAUGCUGGAUCACAAAACGUUGACCAAAGAAAUAUUGUUGAAUGCUAUCAGAGAAAUUAUUAAUAAUUAUGCCAAGUGAGUUUCGUUAUUAAUUGUAUAUAAACAAUUAUAAAAGAUAAUGACGUAUACCAGUAAAAACCAAAAAUACAUUUUUUGUAUUGAAAAAAUCAUAAAAAUUAGAAACCUAAACUGGUAAAAGGACGUAUUUAAGUACAGAAAAUUAAGUUGGUAAUGUCGACUAAAAAAUAUCCAAGCGCCCUUUAAAAUAUAAUUGAAUCAAUAUUGAUUUGUUAAAAUGACAAAGGCAUAUACCACAUACAAUGCAUGUUUACUUUGUGUACAAGAUACUAUGUGUACAAGCAAUUUUAUUGUUUUUCAUAAUAAACAUUAUUAAAAACUGUUUUACUGUUUUUUUCGCUUUCUGAAAAAAAAUGUUUUAAUCGUAUACGCCCUUUUAACAAAACACCGUCGAUAUUAUCGGUGAUUAUCAUGUUAUUCACACACUUUCCACAAGAACUAUUGUAGUUUAAUACAGUAACAUUCUCAGGGGGGAUGUUAGAGGAUAUAUUUCCCUUUUGGCUUAAAAAUACAUUAACUUUUGAUAUUUGUUUAUAGUAAUGUAAUUUAGUAAUUUAAUAUGUUACUAGAAAUGUUGAGAUAUUAGGAAAUUACGACAAUUCCUAGAAAAUGAUAACAAUACCUAAAAAAUAAUGACAAUACCUAACUACAGUUAAGGAAUAGUUGUCAUUGCCUAUAAAUUGUUAUCGUGUUCAUAUUUAUGAGGUCAUGUUAUUUAAAAAUAUAUACAUAUCAAAAACAGAAAUAAAUAUACGCGCAAAGCCAUUUUACUCGAUCUAGCUUCUUUCUAGCAGAAAAAAUAAUGGUAUUUCGAAUAGCAGCGGCCACUAAUACCUAGUACUUCAGGUAACGAAUUUAAUAAACGAUAAUUCUAUAAACAAAUGAAAAAAUAAAAUAUAUAUCAUGCCUACUAUCGUUGGUCGACAUAGUAACGAUAAUAAGUAAUAAACAAUUUUAUUACCUUACCUAUCAGUAAUUGUUAUAAUUUCCUCGUUACCGAAAUUUCCUGUAACAUCCCUACAAGUAGCAAGGAAAAUCUUGAAUAAAAAUUGGCUUUUUCGGAUCUGGCUUUUAAAUUCACAUUGCCAUUGCCGGGUUAUAAAAGAAAAAUUUAAGAUUUAUUAAUGAUUAUCAUUUUCUACAUCUGCUUACAUUAAAUAUUAUUCCCGGGUACAGGUUUGUUUAUAUUGUUGUAUAAUAUUAUUUUCAUCGUGAUUACUCAAUUUCAUUUUCACUUUUGCCACAAAUAAUAAUAUUAUAUAUUAUAGAAUUGGCCAGACACUCGUCACCAUAGGCGCAACAAGACCACCAACUUUGGGAAUUCUAAAAUUUUAGACACCAUUGCAGACCUAUGGAAACAAUAUCCCGAAAAUCCCCUUUACACGAAACUUAGAACAUAAGCAACUACACAAUAUUUCAUUUACAAUUUUUGUACAAAAAAUGUACUGUUAUUUUUUUAACUUUAUUUGUUGUACAAAUAUGCAUUGUUUCUAGGUAAUCUAUACUUUGUUGUGCUUAUUAAUUAUGAAAAACAUGGAUAAAACAUUUAGUCGAUAUAAUAAAAAAGCCCAUUAUGUAUUUUUGGAGUCGUUGAAAACCCCCAUGUAGCACCCUAGUUGCACCUAUGCUCGGCCCAUGUUUACAAUAAUUAUUAUAAAACAUAAAGAUUGUAUAUAUUAAAAUAUUCUUGAGUUUAUAGGUAUAAAUCAAAAGCGAUGGAACUUUCGAUGCGAUUUAAAGACCGUCCGAAAACACCGAAAGAAGACGUAUUAUAUUGGACAGAAUAUAUAAUCAAACACAAAGGUGCGCAUCAUUUAAAAUCAGCUGCACUCAAUUUGUCUUGGUAUCAAUAUUUUUUGAUCGAUGUUCUUAUCACCUUUGUAUUGAUAUUAUCAAUUGGUUUAAGCAUAAUUUGUUUGACAAUAAAAACUUUGAAAAAUCAUAUCCAUGGUUUCAUAAAAUUUAAAAGAGAAUAA